AGGAAACUCCCAGAAUGGUUGGAUAGAGCGGGAAACCAGGGUGAUGACAUUGCCGGUAUUGUCGAGGCAGUUGGCGACAAGGUGUAUGAGUUUAAGCCGGGCGACCGCGUCGCUGCCUUCCAUGAGAUGGUGACGCCAGGUGGCAGCUAUGCCGAGUACGCUAUUGCCUGGCAGCAUACUACCGUUCACCUCCCAAAGCACGUUUCCUUCGAGGAGGCGGCAACAAUCCCGCUGGCGGCAUUGACCUCUGUAGCCGUUCUGUACCAUCAUCUUGCACUCCCAGAGCCAUGGCGUCCGGCAACUUCCUCAAUCCCAUUGGUGAUCUACGGCGGUGCAUCAGCAAUCGGGGCUUAUGCUAUUCAGCUUGCUCAGAAGAGCAACAUCCAUCCUGUCAUUGCUGUCGCUGGACGCGGAGCACCUUUCGUUGAAAGUCUUAUUGACCGAUCCAAGGGCGAUACUAUUGUGGAUUACCGCAAGGGUGAUGAAGCUGUGAUCUCCGGAAUAAAAGAUGCGUUGAAGGGCGCUAAGCUGCUUCACACCUAUGACUGUGUCAGCGAGGGCUCAAGCUACAUCAACUUAGGAAAGAUUGUCUCGCCCGGAGGCAAGAUUGCUACCGUCCUCCCUGGGAAGGACUACCCGGGAGUGCCGGAUAACGUUGAGGUGAUCAAGAACUCCGUUGGCUGCGUCCAUCAGGACCAAAAGGAUUUGGGGUACGUCUACUUCCGAUACCUUGCCAAGGGAUUACUCGACGGCUGGUUCAAACCGCACCCGCACGAGGUGGUUCCCGGUGGACUUGGGGGUUUAGAGAAGGCUUUGACAAACUUGAAGGAGGGCAAGGCCAGUGCUAUCAAGUAUGUUGUGCGCAUUGGGGAGACCGACGGACUUAGUUCGUGA